AUGACGUCCGCCGCUACCGCCGCCGCGCCCGUCGCGCCCGCCCACGUCCCUCCACCACCGCCUCCAACAUCCUCCCAGUUGCAGUCGCAUACUCAGACGCAGGCGCAGACGCAGGCACAAGCGCAGGUCCAGGCCCAUAAUCAAGUGGCCCAGGCUCAGGCCCAGGCCCAAGCCCAGGCGUAUUCGCAUUCGCAUACCCAGUCGCUGUCGCAGCCGCAUCAUCGAGCAUACAAUCCCUACAACGCCUUUGCGCACCACCCGCAACCUCCACCCCCCUCAAAGCGAGACCUCAAGUCGUGGUGGAAGGGCUUCAAGCUACCCUCGAAGCAUCAGGAAGCACACGGUAUAGCCACCCCGUUCACUAGAUCUAAACCCUACCGAUCAACAUCGUUAUUUGCGGAGGACAUGGAAGGCUGCCUCAGCGACCUUCCGGAAGCUGUGGCCCUCUUGCAGGAGAUAGUUGCGCAGGAGGUCCUCAUCGCAGCCCGAGCGGAUGCCCGAUCUCAGCCAACAAGUGUGAGCUUGAAUCGGAUGUCCACUGGCGCUCUCUUUUAUGAGAAGCCCCUUCAACUAGAGACUCUUGCCCGCUUCCUCAAUUGGCGUCUUAGUAGAAGAUGUACUGGCGAAGAUGGAUCGUGGCCAGUACAAGACCCCGCUAAAACCAAAUCAGUAGUACCAGAACCGCCCAAAGGUAUCUUUGGCGUCCCCCUUCGCGAUAGCAUCAAGUACGCCAAUGUUGCCAUAUCCCUUGUCGACGAAAACGGGAAGAGCUACAUCUACGGUUACGUCCCCAUUGUAGUUGCCAAAUGCGGUGUCUUCUUGAAGGAAAAGGCAACCGAUGUGGAGGGCAUCUUUCGUCUCAGUGGGUCAGAGAAAAGGAUAAAGGAACUCAAAACGAUUUUCGACUCGCCAGACCGCUAUGGCAAGGGGUUGGUGUGGGAUGGAUACACAGUCCACGAUGCCGCCAACGUCCUCCGUCGCUACCUCAACGACCUCCCGGAACCGGUGGUCCCCCUGGAAUUGUAUGAAGAAUUUCGAAAACCGUUGAAAGGGGCCACCAGGCAGGCCGCCGGCGACACUGAUGGCCCCCAAUUCGUCGAGAAUUUCGAUAUGGACGCCGCCAUCAUCAGAUAUCAGCAGCUGAUUACCGAGCUGCCGCCACUCAAUCGUCAGCUGAUGCUUUAUAUCCUCGAUUUGCUUGCCGUCUUUGCCGCCAAGUCCGACAUCAACCGCAUGAAUUCGCAGAACUUGGCUGCUAUUUUCCAGCCAGGCAUGCUGUCGCAUCCGGCCCACGCUAUGGCACCCGAGGAAUAUCGUCUCAACCAAUGUGUCAUUAUCUUUCUCAUCGAAAACCAAGAUCAUUUCCUCAUCGGCAUGCAGGGUACAGCGGCCGACGAGAGGACGGUUCAGGAAGUCCAGAAGGGGACGCCAACCGUCAACGCGCCAGGGACACCUAAAAACUACCAGUCUGGAGUGAACCGUACAGCAUCGAAUGCCAGCGCCGGAGCCGAGAGUGUUUCCAAAGAAGGCAUGAUUAGGAGGAACAAGUCGACAUCUUCAAGGCGUUCUCUUGCUUCGAAUGGUGCGCCCAGCCCGGGAAGCCCUGCGUUAACUUCAACGCCCACGGGAGGCUUAGGCCGGAGUAACACCCUGCCAUCGAAACGAUCACCUCGCGUGCCUCCCGGAAGGUUUGCGCAUCGGCAUGAUGUGUCGAAUUCUCCAGUCGGUCCCUUGACACCGGUUCAUCCGCCGUCAGUUCCCGAGGUUACGCCUCCUACACCGACAGUACUGCCACCAGCGCCAGCGGUUGUUUACGAGGUCGUUACACCCCCCGAAGAAUCUUCGGUACCCUCGAUAACCACGUCCACGGCUCCUUCGAGUUUGCUACCCAGUCAAUCUGUCCAAGCUGCUAGGAGUCAAGAAAAGUUGCUGGACCCCAGUGCUGAGGCCGCAGCCCCCUCCAAGGAACGUCGCAUGCCGAACAUACCAAGUAUCUUCCAGAGAGCGCCCACUGGGGAAAAUGAACUUCGACAGCCUAACAAGCUGAGGAAAAAGAUGCCCGGCGCCGGUGGUCAUUAUAGUGCUCAUAGCUCGACGAUAUCGCUCCCUCGUUCAGCAGCAGCUUCGCCGGCCGUUGAAGCUACCAACCCCAUGGAAAUGGUCCCACCCUUGCCCGGAAACCUUGAUGCGGUAGUGUCUAGCGGACAAACUGCGCCUUCCCCUUCGGACUCUACGCCGAGGGCGUCCCAAGCACCUUCGGCGCCCUCCACCAUGUUGAAUCCCAACAACGCCCCUGAAACACAACUGAAGCUACGAGAGUCUCCGCCCACUUCGGUCACAUCUUAUAACGACAUGUCUGAUCCCGACCAAGUCGAGACGCAAACGACGGCUAGUUUUGCUAGCCCAGAGGUGGCAUCCCCGGAUAGGGAUAAGAGAAGGCGGUGGCGCCUCUCGCGGAAGAAGGAGGACAGCAUAUCCUUGCAUUCUCCUCCAAACUUCAGCCAGCCUCCCAUCUCCCCACGCAUGCUGGGUUCGAACUCGCAGGCUGAGGGGAGCAACAGUUCUGUAGGCAGCUCUGGCUAUUUCCAUAAUCAAAGACCCCGGGCGAGCAUGAGUGGGGAUGUUUCUGACGCGGGCAUGAUGAGUAGCCUCGAUGACCGUUCGAUGAUGAGCGACGGAACCAGAGAAGGCAGAGACCGCGACCGAGAUAGGGACUGGGACAAAAGUAGUGAAUAUCGCAAGUCAAACAUUGCCGACUGGUUGAAAAACAAGUACCGCGAACAUAGGGAGACUGCGGAACAGAGAAGGAACAAGUCGCCACCGGCACAUGAUGGUAGAUCGGCAUCCAUUGGGGAGCGAAUUCGCAAGAGCAUCGACACGAAGCGGGAGAUGAACAACGGGAGCGAGAGGGGGUAUAGCGAUGAGCAUAUCCCGAUGCCACCGCUGCCCCCGCGGGAACCAGGACCGGGAAAUUCACAGAGCUCUAUCCAGUCUUCUCCCCAAAGCUUCCAGCAAACUCAACCCCAGCCGGCGCAGGCUCAGCAACCACCAGCACUUUACCAGACCGAGCAGUCGGUAGAGGUGCAACUCGUCGCGCAGACACUUCCAGCACAGCCCAGUGUCCAGCCGGAGCAGCCUCAGUUGCAACAUUUUCAACCCCAACAGGUUUCGGUACAUCAGUCACAGCCCCAAUUGUCGCCAGAGCCCCUUCCGCAAAUCCCGGAACAGCCGACUGAAGCACCCGUGCCCGCUCAAGCGCCGAUUCCCACUCAAGCACCCAUCCCCACUCCUUCAAGGCACAUGGACCUAGAUGAGUAA